UGUGUUUUCUUGUAGCAACAUAUUAUGAAAUUGAUAAAACUUUAUCAUGAGGUUUGGCGUCAUAGCUAGGUUUUCGUCUAGCUAGCAAUUUAGUUUUUGACUUUUUGGAGGAACAUCUGCUCAAGUGAGAAACUUGUAGACACAGCUCUACUUAAUCAAGAUUGAUUACCAGUGGUCAGUGGAAGACUAGAAGAGGUGGGUUCUUCAUACUGUAUUAGCAAUUGAUUACUAUUGAUGGGCUUAAGCAAUUUACAUGAGCCUAAGAAUGCAUGAAUUUCAUAGUUACUUACUGAGCGUGUGAACAUAAGAAUGCAUGAAUUUCAUGAUUACCUAAUGACCGUGUGAACGAGACUCGUAGUUCUGUCGCCGAGAUCUUCAAAUAGCUCAAUUACUUCCAAAUCUUCAAUCUAUUCCUUUCGAGCAUUGGUAUUUACAUGAAAUUCGUCAAUCUAUUACAUGCAAUAACCUCUAGUUUAUAUAUUUCAAUACGUGAACACUUAUACUAACUAGAAUGAUUUGUUAAAUCGGGUUAGCAUCUCAGGUUCCUGGACAUUUGUUUCGUGUAAAGAGUAAAGACAACAAAAAUAGGAACAAAAUUAAAAUAAAACGAGUGAGACCAGAUUCUGGACAGCCGGCGUUUCAUUUGUUAGUUUAUACUUUCUGGCAUGGACUUCAUCGAAACCCGACAAUGACAUGCGAAGGGAAACACGUAUGCUACUGCCGGCUCUCUUUAUUACUUAUUAGUAUUAUUCUGCCCUGUUCUCCGUUUUGGGUGUAUGAAUUUUACAGUAGUUUCCGUACUUUGGCAGUAAUUAACUUUGCUCUCUUUCUUGUAUGUUGGUUUUUUUCAUUUCCCUUGAGACCUUGUUUUCUUCUUUUUUGGUUUCAUUUUUCAAUGAUAUUCACCACCCAAAGAGCAGUUGAAUCGGCUCCUCGAUGGAAAUAUGAUGUGUUUUUGAGUUUCAGGGGUGUAGACACUCGCAAGGGUUUCAUAUCCCAUUUAUACCACGAACUGCAGUACUGGCAAGCAAUCAAAACUUUCAAGGACGAUCGGGAGCUUGAAAUAGGAGCAUCUAUAUCUCCAGAACUCUUGACUGCAAUUAAAGGAUCACAUCUCGUCAUCGUUGUUCUCUCGCCAAACUAUGCCUCUUCCACCUGGUGCUUGGAUGAGCUUGCAGAAAUUAUUGAAUCCAGGGAAACGAGAGCCAACACAAUUCUGCCAAUUUUCUUUAAUGUGGAACCGUCUGAUGUACGUAAUCAAAGGAGGACCUUUGCUGAAGCGUUUGCUAACCAUGAGAAGUCCAUUGAUGACAUGAAGAAGGUUCAGAGGUGGAGAGCAGCAUUGAGAAAAGUGGCCAAUCUCUCCGGAUGGAAUUUAAAGAGUUAUCAAUCUGAAAGAGAGGUUAUCAAAGAUAUAGUCAUACGUGUGUGGAGUGAAGUGCGUCCUCUGAUCUCAUUGUCAGAUUCUACAGACAAGUUAGUAGGAGUUGAUUAUGGACUUACUGUAAUGAGUGGACUUUUAGCUCUUGAGGUGAAUGACGUUCGAUUUAUAGGGGUAUGGGGUAUGGGUGGUGUGGGUAAGACAACUCUUGCUAAGUUAGUGUUCCAAAGGCUUUCUCAUCAUUUUGAAAUCACCAAGUUUCUUUUCAAUGUAAGAGAGGUUUCUGCAAAACAUGGCACUCUGGUUGAUCUACAAAAACAGCUCGUUUCCCCAAUUUCAAAGGAGAAUACACAAAUUUGGGAUGAACAACAAGGGACUGAUUUCAUUAGGAAGUACUUGUUCAAUAAGAAAAUCCUUCUUAUCAUUGAUGAUGUUGAUCACUAUAACCAACUAGAAAUAUUGGUCGGAAAUAAAUCUUGGUUUGGUGAUGGAAGCAGAAUUAUUGUCACAAGUAGAGAUGAACGUUUGCUUAUCGAGCAUGAUAUAGAGUUGUCAUUCAAGGUUGAAGGGUUAAAUGACCACAAAGCUCUUGAGCUCUUUAGUCAGAAUGCCUUCAAGGAAGAUCAGCCUAAAGAUGAGUUUUUAGAAUUGUCCAAGUGUUUUGUAGAUUAUGCCAAAGGGCUCCCAUUAGCUCUGAAAAUUUUGGGGCGUUCUUUAUAUAAGAGAGAUCUAAAUGCGUGGAAUAGUGCAUUGGAUAAACUAAAGACCAUUCCUAUUCCAACUAUAUUUGAUUCACUCAAACUUAGUUUUGAUGAGCUAGAUGAUAUGCAGAAGAACAUUUUUCUGGAUGUUGCGCAUUUCUACAAGGGGAUGGAAAGGGGGCAAGUGAUUAAAAUAUUUGAAAGCUGUGGUCUUUGUGGUUGGAUUGGCAUAGAUAUUUUGAUUGAGAAAUCUCUGAUAACUAUUGAGAGCUUCGACAAUGUUGAGAUGCAUGAUUUAGUACAAGAAAUGGCAAGAGAAAUUGUUCGUCAAGAGUGUAUAGAAGAUCCUGGUCUACGUAGUCGUUUGUGCAAUCAAAAUGAUAUCUUUCGUGUAUUCAAGACUAAUACUGGAACAAAAGCAAUAAGAGGAAUCCGGUUGUGCUUACCUAGCUUAGAAGAAUCAGGCUUGAACUGGAAUCGAGGCUUUUCUAAGAUUUCUGAAUUAAUGUUUCUUGAAUUUGAUAAUUUAAUGAUUAAAUCAGGGCCCCAAUAUCUCCCUAGUACUUUAAGAACCCUGAAAUGGAGUUUAUAUCCUUCCAGAGUUCUUCCAGCAAGUUUCCGGCCAAAUUUACUUGUUGAACUUAAGAUGGAAGAUAGCAAACUUGUCCAGCUUUGGGAUGGGAAACAGGACUUUCCUAACUUGAAACGUAUGAAUCUUUGGGGCUCUUACAACUUAACCAAGACGCCAGAUUUCACAGGUGUUCCAAAUCUUGAGAUCUUGGGACUUGGAGGUUGUAGGAAUUUAGUUGAAGUUCACCCAUCCAUUACAGUUCACAAAAAGCUUAUACUGCUGAACCUCUUAGGCUGUGAAAGUAUUAAGAACUUCCCAACUGAGAUAGAAAUGGAAUAUCUUGAGGACUUUUACUAUGGUAAUUGCUCAAAAGUAAGGAUUCCAGACUUUGCAAGAGGGAUGAGAAAUUUAUUAAGUCUCGACUUAGAUGGAACUGUGUUAGAGAAAAGAACUUCAUCAAUGAAAUUCAGCUUUUGGAACUUACUCACCAAAAAGAGUUUGGAGCCUCUGGUAUCGUGUUUGUCUUCUCUAAGGGAGCUGCGGUUUCUGUCAACGUUGAGUCUUAACGAGUGUAAACUUGGUGAAGGUGAACUACCUGAUGAUAUUGGCUAUUGCAUGCCAUACCUUGAAGUCCUAUAUCUCACUGGUAAUAAUUUUGUUACUCUCCCUGCAAGCAUAAAAUGCCUGUCUGAGCUUCAGUUGAUUGAUAUGAGUAGGUGCAGAAGGCUUCAACAAAUGCCGGAUCUUCCACCAAGUCCGAGAUUAGUAGUAAGGCUGGAUGAUUGUGCUUCCUUGAAGAUGUUGUCAAGACAAUCACCAGUAGUGAACACUGUGAACGUAUUGAAAGUUUGGGACUAUUGUUUUUAUCUAACAUCAGUCAAUAGCUUUGGAUUGAUUGAUGAUGAAGGAUGGAAUGACGGAACAUUUUCGAUGCUCAAGCACUUUGCCUCUCAGUUACCCUGGCUCCCGAAAAUCCUUCUAAAGAUUGACGUUUUCACCAUUAUAAGUCCUGGAAGCAAAAUCUCAGCGUGGUUAAAUAUUCAAGGUGAGGGAGAUACAUUAUAUGUGGAGUUACCUUCGGAUCGAGAAUCAUGUAGAUCAAAGUGGACGGGGAUUAUGUUAUGUGUUGUUUUUUCAAAUCAUAAAACUACUCCAGCCGAGGUAGAUGAGUUUGUAGUUCGAUGUUCUUCACGAGGAAUAGUUUCCCAUCCCUUUCGGGCUAAAUUGGCAAGCCAUUUUACUGGAGAUCACAUUUGGGUGUUCUAUCUGCCUCGUGAACAAAUGCAGCGGGGUAUCACAAACAUCAGCUUCUUGUUUAAAGCUUAUUAUUCAACGUGGAGUUUGGAAGGCAUACCAAAAACUCCAUGCCCGGAUAGUGUAAAGAGGUGUGCGGCCCGUUUGCUAUGCGAGGAAGACUUGAAAGAGCUCGACAAUGCAACAAUGAAAAUCAGUAAGUGGAGUCGUAAGUAUUGCGACGACGAGGAGGCAGAAGAACUUCCAAGUAGUAGUGGAAGUGGAAGCGGAAAGGAUGGCCCUAGCAAAGAACCACUCUUCAAAAGACUCAAGGCAUGA